CACGCUCACACUGCUGAUUCAGUUCAGCUCACAGUUCACACACUGACACAUCACCGGACCAGAGGAAGAGGAGGACGAAGAGGUGUAAAAACCUUCUUUCCUUUGCGGUGAGUCUGGACAAUCACCAUGAGACCAGCAAUGGAGGACGGUGUCAGUGAGAUGCUGUCCAGUGUGGUGGAGGACGUCAGUCACGCGGUCAGCAGAAACAUUUUUGGUGCUGAAGUUCUGCAUGAACUGCUGAGUGCACCGUGGCUGCACGCUCUACUGGAGAUUUAUGAGUGCCUGUUGCAGUUCGAGAUGUCCACACCCACACCCCUUCUGCCUUAUGCCUCAGGACUCUCACAUGAGAUCAUGGCUACACUACAGAAUGUCCACCGUCCCUCAGCUGAAGCCAGAGAGCUCUACAACCUCCUCAGCUCACCACACAUCCAGGCCCUCCUAUCAUCUCACGACAGUGUGGCCCAGUCAGACUAUGGACCUGUUUUACCGCCUCUGCCUGAUGAGAUGCCCGAGGGCGAGGAGGCCAUGAGGAUCGUUUGUUUGGUGAAGAACAACCAGCCGCUGGGGGCGACGAUAAGGAGGGACGAGGAGACGGGAGAGAUCUACAUCGCCAGGGUGAUUCAUGGAGGACUGGCCGACCGCAGCAGACUUCUCCAUCCUGGUGAUCUUUUAUUGGAGGUCAACGGAAACCCUGUGGGGGGUCUGGAGCCAGAACAGGUCAUCCAGAUACUGAUCAAUUCCCAGGGAACAAUCCUGUUCAAAGUCAUUCCUGAAAAAUCUCAGAGCAGCAGCAGACAGAAGUCGGUGUAUAUGAGGGCAUUGGUGGACUACUCCCCCUUGCAGGACUCCUCCAUCCCCUGUCCUGAUGCAGGGAUGGCGUUCAGCCGAGGAGACCUCCUGGAGGUGGUCGACCAGUCGGACGGGCGCUGGUGGCAGGCCAGGAAGCUGCCCUGCUCUGCAUCCUGCGCUGGUCUGAUUCCCUCUGCCAGCAUGCUGAAGAGUAAACAGAGGGAACAGUGGUGGUGUCAGCCAUUACAGGUUCAUACCUGCAUCCGACCCUUGACUCUGGAUGGUAACGAGAAUAAUCAAAUACAUUCUGAUGACAAACGCACCGUAACAGAGCUGGAAGAAAUACACUUUGAUAAGGCUGACUCUGAUAUUACUGAUGGAAUCUACCUGGCUGGUUUCCGGCAGAGUUUCCGUCUCUGGAGGAGGACGUCCUUCAGGAGGAGACGACAGUCCUGCACCUCCUGCUCACCCAACAGCAGUGCCCUGUCCACCCCCUAUGAGGAGGUGGUGUUGUACCAGCGCCCUCCACAGGAGAACCACCGCCUCAUCGUCCUUAUCGGUGCUACAAGAGUUGGAGUGAAUGAACUGAGGAAAAGACUCAUCAAACUGAACCCUUCGACCUUCCAGGGACCCGUACCUCACACCACUCGUCCAAUCAGAGCAGGGGAGCAGACAGGAAGAGAGUACCACUUUGCCACCAAAGAGCUGUUUGAGUACAUGGUUUGUAACAACAGGUUUGUGGAGUAUGGGGAGUAUAAGGGCCACCUGUAUGGAACCAGCACUGAUGCUAUUGAUGAGGUGCUUAAACGAGGACGGAUGUGCAUCCUCGAUGUUGAACCGCAUAGCGUCCAGCCUCUGAGGACGAGGAAACUGAAGCCCUACGUGAUCUUCAUCAGAGCUCCCAGUCCAGACAGACUGAGACAAACACGGAGAGACGCCAGAAUCAUCACCAACUGCUCCAUCAACAGAGCGUUCACAGAGGAGGACUUUGCGGAGGUGGAGGAGUUGUCCCGGCUGAUCGAGGCCAAGUACAAACAGUUUUUCGACAGCAUGCUGGUGAACGACGACCUGCAGCACGCCUGCAUGCAGCUCUGCUCCAUCAUCCAGGAGGCACAGAACGAACCACAGUGGAUACCUGUCAGCUGGAGCCGGACAGAGGAGUAA